AUGGUAAAUUCAGAAAUUUUUUUUCUAGCAGGUCUUAUGGUCUCAUGGUCAUCGCCGAAUGAUGAUCGGUGUGCAAUGGAAUGGAGGAGGUUGGAUGGCAGUGGAGAAGAUUUCCGAGAAAAAGCAAAGUUGUCAAAAUAUGAACUGAGGUCUGUUGAUUCAAAUUUUUUGUGUGUUCCAAAGACAAACCUCAAGAUUAGAUCUCAAAGCUUUGCUCUGGUCGGACCACGAUUGCGGAAUAGCCUUCCGAACACUUUGCGCAGUGGUGAUUUUGCUCCAAGUCAAUUUAAGAGACAGCUGAAAACCUAUCCGUUCAGCCUUUAA